UUAAAACUUCGUGAAUUACAAAAGAAAAAACAGCUUGAGCUCUCCUCCAGUAAGGAUAAUUCUUUGUCUACUGGUAGUCAAGAUAAUAGAAAUCAAUUAACGGCUGCUAGAUUAAGAUUACAAAAUGAUUUAAAUAAUUUAGAGUUACCUCCAGGGGUAAAUUUAAGUAUUUUAUCUGUUUUAUCAGAUUUAAAAGAGUCUCCACAUUUGACUCUUCUUAUAUCACCUGAUGAAGGCUACUAUAAAAGUGGGAAGUUUAAAUUUGAUUUAAAAUUCAAUGAAAACUAUCCAAUAGAACCACCAAUUGUAUUAUGUAUGAAUAAAAUUUUUCAUCCUAACAUAGAUCUAGAUGGAAAAAUUUGUCUAAACAUUCUAAGAGAAGAUUGGUCCCCUGCAUUGGAUUUAAAUAGUAUUAUCAUUGGAUUAUUAUACCUGUUUCUUGAGUGCAAUGCCAAGGAUCCGUUAAAUAAAGAAGCAGCCAACAUAUUGCACUCUGAUGAAGAUAUGUUUAGAAAGUAUGUUAGAGAUUCUAUGGCAGGCAAGAAAUUAUUUAAUAUCCAAUACGAUAAUGUUUUAUAA